ACCAUGGCUCUAAAACGUAUUGAAAAGGAGCUCCUGGACCUGGCUCGCGACCCUCCAACCCAGUGUUCUGCAGGCCCUGUGGGGGAAGAUCUGUUCCAUUGGCAAGCGACCAUAAUGGGGCCUGAUGACAGCCCCUACCAAGGUGGGGUCUUUUUUCUGGCCAUCCAUUUCCCAACAGAUUAUCCAUUCAAACCACCCAAGAUUACGUUCACCACAAGAAUUUACCAUCCAAAUAUCAACCGGAAGGGAAGCAUUUGUCUUGACAUCCUGAGAUCUGAGUGGUCACCAGCACUGACAGUAUCUAAAGUUCUCCUGUCUAUCUGCUCUCUGUUGUGCGAUCCGAACCCAGAUGAUCCGUUGGUUCCCGAAAUUGCGAAAAUCUACCGCAAGGACAAGAAAAAAUAUGAUAGACUGGCUCGAGAGUGGACUGAGAAAUUCGCUAUGUGA